CCCGCCCGUGCAGCGCCGGAGUCACACCGAGCACCGCCUGCGUGUCAGUGCAGUCGACUUACAGCUGGCUGUGAGGACUGAGGAGCACUGACUCUUUAUCACCGCGAUACAUUCACCCAGAAAAGUAGCCUUAACGUGGCAUCGAUCCUCUUCGGGGUUUAUUUUUAUUAAAGGGAUUUCAAGGAAACAGACGUUUGAGGCUGGGACUUUAAAACACCUUUUCCCUCUCGCUUCUUUAGCUUUUUGACCGUCGCCUGAGGGGUAAAGAAGAAGAAGAAAAAAAACAGGUCUUUUUUUGAGAGCGAGGGGGGGGGUAAAACUCGAUAAAUGCUUCUAACGAAAAUGGACCUGUUGAAUUACCAGUACCUGGACAAAAUGAACAACAACAUUGGCAUUCUCUGCUACGAAGGUGAAGCGGCUUUGAGGGGGGACCCCAGACUCCAGUCCCUGUCUCUGUCCUCCUCUUCUUCAUCCUCCUCAUCCUCGUCCUCCUCAUCUUCCUCUUCCAUCUCCAACCACAGGACCGGUCCUCCUCCCAUCAGCCCCACCAAGAGGAAGCUGAGUGGGGACCAGGGAGAUAGCGACAUGGACGACAACGAGCAUGUGGCGAAGAUGAGCCGGCUGUUUGCCGCACAGCUGAAGCCUAAUGGAGACUACCGCAGCUCCCACAUCUCCCACAUCUCCUCCAAGGACCGGAGCCGGAGCCCGAUCGAGCGUGUGGUGGUGCCCGGCACUCUGGGAGUCCAUAGCAACCACCUGUACAACCACGCCCACCAUCAGCACCACCACCACCAACACCACCACCUUCCCUUCCUAGCUGGCAUGGACCAGCCACUGGCGCUCACCAAAAACAGCACGGUGGAAUCUGCACGCAGCAGCACGGCGGCUCUGGCCGCGGUGCCGCAUACGGUCAGUGCCGUGGAACGCCAGCAGAAUCGCCCUUCAGUGAUCACAUGCGCUCCAGCCAACAACCGCAACUGCAACCAGUCUCACUGUCCGGUCUCCCACAACGGCUGCGCUAGCCUGGCUAACAACUACAGGAGGAGCAACACCAAUACAGCCUGCGACCCGGUGAUCGAGGAGCACUUCCGCCGCAGUCUGGGGAAGAACUACAAGGAGCCGGAGCCCACCGCCACCAACUCCGUGUCCAUCACUGGCUCGGUGGACGACCACUUCGCCAAAGCACUGGGCGACACCUGGCAUCGGAUCAAGAACAAGGGGAGUCCCUCGUCGUCGGGCAGCAGCCCAAACUCCUCCCCUGACAGUCACAUGGUCAAUCACAACCACUCACCUUCCGUGGUGUCCUGAAGGAAGACGGGUUGAAGAGGGGUCUGCCUGCCGCCGCCCCCCAAUCCCCCAACUGCCGCGGCUCUAACCCCCACGCCCUCGUCACUUUGGUCUAUCACCAGCAUCCCAGAGGGAAUGCCUGCCUGCUGGUCUGCUAAAAACAUUUAAAGCCCCUCCGAAGCCUGUCUGACCCCCCUAUCCCCCCCCCUUCUCUCUGCACUCAUAGAGGAUCGGGGAAGCGGUAACAACAUGGUUGUUUCCCGUGUGUUUGUUUCAGACAUUAAUCGAUCAUGAGCAACUGUCGGUGGACUUUUGAGACUCGACGGGAGCAUCGAGCGGCUCCUUUCUGUCUUCAUCAUCCCUGCAUGUCGAGAGACGAGCUGAACACUCAGUCUUAGUGUCAGUAGUUAUUUGUACAUAAAGAAAGAGGGGGUGGUGGUAUUUUAAUAAUUCAUUUUUAUUUUCAUCUUUUUUUCUUUUCUGUUUCUGUAACCGUAGUUUUUUUGUACUGCUUUAGCAUUACGAGAUGUCCGAUGGCUGAAACGAUAAGUGUGAAACACUUGGGAGAAAACAAAGGACCAACCACCCGACUGAGCUACUUAAGACAGCCCAGAUCUCCUUUCAUCCAUCCUUCUGUCUGUGCGUGCUGCUGGUUUUUACUGCCCUAUGUGCACACCGCCGUAGAGGUUAGGGGUGGCAUGUCAACAUCACAAUCUGCCACUGCACACACAGCGACCGAUUAAGCGGAUUUCUACACAGUCCGGUAAAAUCCAGCUUCUGUUGAUUACAUGAACUGUUAUGGUCAAAUCUGCCUGGGCAUAAUUCUGACAGAAAAGCAAAAGCCCCGUUAGUAGGUGUUACUUUUAUUUUUUAUUUAAUGCAUUUUGGGAAAAUGGAAGAUCCACACCAGCAGGGCUGGGCGGUAAACGGAGGUGAAUGCCAUGAGGUCCAGAAGUGAAGAGUUUUCACACCAUUGCAUGUUGAGUAGAGCAGCGGUUGACCACAAACAACCACCUGCGUGCAGGCGGAGCCGCCACCGUCGGGUCUAAAGUACUUAAGUAGUGCCAAUGUGUCACAUUUCAUUUAACAAGCACGUUGUGUCGUCCGAUCGGCUGCCUGAGGUGUCGAUGGGCGACAACUCUCCUGCACACUGUGGUUUGGUCAAUUUCUACAAGGUUGAAAGUGCUUUUACACAUGCAUUUUUUUAAAUAGCUGGUAUCUAUGAAUUAUUUUGAAGCAGCAUUUCAAUCGUUACUAUAAGCCUUUUUCCAUUAGGACGUUAGUUGUUUUUGUUUUUUUCUGUUGUCAGUAACCGACAUACACACUUUACACUCACUGCUGGGUCAGUUGUACGCCAUAUUAUUAUUUGUAUUACAAAUGCUUGUAUUUCUGUUUCCCAUUGAUUAGUAUGGUAACACACAUGUGUAGUGGCACAGCCUCCGGACAGGCUGAGCGGACAGAGCGGACUCCGGGACACGCAGCCAACAAAGGCUUCUUCGGCAGUGCGGGAUGCUGAGACACCCGCUCCUUUUCCCCUUGGGACCUCUCCAGGGGUCUUUAUUCCCCCGAGUCUCCGUGGCGUCCGCCCCAGCGCUCUCGCGGUGGCCCGUUAGCAAUGCGACGAUGCUUUUGAGGAACUCUGCGUUAGCGUCGAGAGUCAGCGAUCAUCAGUUGACUUUUUCUGUCUUUUUCUUUUUGUACUUCAAUGCUUUUUCUUCCUAAACAACGUUGUGUGGUUGCUGCUGCAGUCUGAGAAAAUGAGUUUGACUCUGUCAGAGAGCCAUGGUGGCAUACAUUCCUCCUCUAGGGAACUUUGUACAGGCCUCAUGCACACUCCGUCUCUUCAUGCCAACAGACUACACAAAUAACUAGUCCCCAGGGGGCAACUGUCCCAGAUCUGCCUUCCAACUGGGCUUUGCUUUUUUGGUUUUCUCGCGCCAAACAAAUUGGCCAUACUACAUGGUUAAGAAAAACAAAGCAGUUGCUAUGGAUACCAUUCUGAUAGGACAUUGGGGGCACAUAAUUCAGAGAAGUGGGGCUGUAAUAUUACAGUGAUGUGAGGUCAGUCUGUGUUACAUCUACAGACUGAUGCCUGAGCCUGUAAACAGCCCACCUAGACCAGAACCCUUUAGGUGGAAUGCAGUCUGUGUUCUAGAAGGUCCACACAUUCCAUUCUCCACUGAACAGAGGUGACGGAACCAGAACCGGCGGUGAGAGUUCGCCACACAAAAGGUUUUCAAUCACAAUGCAACUGGCAGUGAAUGGAUCCUAGAACAGUCCUCCCAGUUGAAAUGUGCUUUCUGUGAAAGGUGCAGCGGUUUAAACAGUGAUUCUCAGCAGGCAGGGUGGGAGGGGCCUCAGGAGCUGAGCUUCUGUAAGCUAGACUUAAGUGGGGAGCCUUUGAGCUGAAUGUCUGUUGGCAGUGCCCCCCCCCCCCUCCCCCUCUCUCAUAUUGACCUUGAUGUAUCAAGUGUCCAGAGGGUUUGUUAAGCCUUUCUCAUCGUUUCACUGCCACCUGUAGGUAGCUGGCUCUCUUUCUGCUUCGGCAAACAUCGACAUCAUUUAAAGAAAACAAAAAAAAAGUCAAAAAAACAAACUUUAUAAGUAACUAUAAGACCAUCGUUGCGCUGUGCGUAACGAAUGUACAGAGAAAAAAAAACGUAGGUAUUUUUUUGAGGAACAAUUAAUUUGUUAAUGAUAUGUAGUUAUUUAAUUGUUUUCCCUGUCCUUAUAUUGUAAUCAUUGCAUUUUCUUUUUUGUGAAAAAAAGUUGAUCUUUUUUGUUUAUAGUUUGUCUUGUCAGAGUAAAGGUUCAAGUGCAGGAACACAGUAAACUUAUGAAACCACAAUAAGCCACUGGCGUGUCGGUGACAAUCGCUACUUCCAUCGGUCCCCAGAGUCUGCCGCCAUCAAACGGGUUCGAUCAAAGGAGGUUGGCUUUCAGACAGUUUUGCGUUAACGGAACAUCAUGUUGCCGCCAUCCCAGUGAGUCCUGCCGAUAGGUUGAGAAUAAUAAAUCUAAUCGAAAAUAAUUCUUUAUACAGUGAGACCGGCUCCUUCCAUUUAAACGUCAAGGUAAACUUUCCACCGCUGCAUGAAAGGUAUCUGCAUUUUUGGUUUAGAAGGUCUAUUGAUGGCUUAUUUACAGCCGGGAACCGAACUACAAGUUUAAACGGUCUUUGCUUUCCUCGGUGAGAUGGAAGCGUAGUGUCGUCGUCCUCGUAGCGGUUCCCGUUCAUCGAGGUCAUUUUGCAUUUGCAAUCGAAUAAAUAAGAGAAAACUUGUGCAGAAAGAUUCAAAGAGGAGUUUGACUUUACUCUAUCUCAUAUUCCAGGUCCUUUUUGAAGUGGAAGUGGCAUGAACUUAGUCGUAGUAACACUCUGAACUGUGUAACAAAAAAACAAAAAAAAAUUGUAUCAACAGUCAACUUGUGGCUCUGUGUCUCCUACUGAAAAGGUUUUGGCAGGCCACCUUUCUUUUUGUACGUAAAGUAGCCUUGAUGAACAAUAAAGUGCUUUUAAACCAC